AUGUCGACAUUGAUGGAAAUACAGCAUGAAUAUCUGCUUAAAGAAAUUGAAAAGAAGCAGAUGCACUCUAUCUUAUUUCAAUGUCUGAAAGACACGGAAGUAAAUGUUUGUGAAUCUUCUGGAUGGUUGGUUAAUGGAAAUCAUUCCCCCAUGACUGAAGGGAGACUGUGUCUACUUCAGGACCGCAACAUGUUUUUUGAUAAUGGAGAAAAUAAGUGCACGCAUUGUAACUCGGCAAGAAAAACAGUUGAUCACCUUGCAACUAGGUGCGGGAGAAUGCUGAAUAGCUCAUAUCUCAGACGGCAUAACGAAGUAGUCAGAUGUAUUCACUUACAUCUCUGUCGUCAAUAUGGAAUAAGGAAAACUAAGAGACUAAAGACACACUCAGUUCAAUCUGUUGUUAGCAAUGAAUUUGUGGAGAUUCGUGUGGAUACUACGAUUAGUACGGAUACAGCUGUGGCGAAUAACAAACCUGAUAUAUUUGUCCAUGACAAAGUGAGGAAUACAAUCACCCUUAUCGAAGUUGGGGUUACUUCGCAAAAUUGCCUAAAGCAGGUCGAAGUUGAGAAGUUCCACAAAUAUGACUUAUUGGCAAAUGAACUUGAAGCAAUUCAUCACGCAAAAGUGAAAGUAAUCCCUGUUGUAAUGACCUGGGAUGGAAUUGUCUCAAGAUUUUUCAAGGGUCAUCUUGAUGUCCUCAAGCUGGAAGAAAGAGUGAGAGCAUAUAUCCAGACAGUGGUUCUGAGGAAGACAUUGGAGAGCAUGCAGGCUGAAGAGAGGCAUGGUAUAUCGAUACCUAGUGAGGAGAAAGCUGAAACGGAAUGUCAACCAAGGACAGCCUCAGAAUAUGGAGUGUGCUUCGACGAGAACACACCCAUACGGUCACUGGAUUAUGGGCCCAAAAAGAGAAGAUUAAGCUAA